CCAAUCGUCGCACGUGGAUAACAUAAAUUGUAGAAUCCUAACCUUACUUAAAUUUAAAAUUUGUGAGAUUAGUGUAAAGAAAUAAUGAGUAAAAAUCGAGAACUUUUAUCAAAAAUCGGUUUGCGACUUGACGGUCGACGGGCAGACGAACUUCGAAGAAUAAGAUGCAAGUUGGGGGUUUUUACAGAACCUGACGGUAGUGCAUACUUGGAACAAGGCUUGACGAAGAUUUUAGCGGCUGUGUAUGGCCCCCAUCAGGUACGUGGGAACCGCACCAAGGCACAACAUGAUGCUGCUGUGGUUAAUUGCCAGUUUAGUAUGGCAGUGUUUUCGACAGGAGAACGCAAACGACGACCACGUGGGGACCGAAAAUCAACUGAAAUAUCAAUACAUUUAAGGCAAGCGCUUACAGCUGCUAUUAAAACAGAGCUGUAUCCUUGGUCACAGAUUGACGUAUAUGUUGAGGUUCUUCAUGCAGAUGGGGGAAUAUAUCCAGCUUGUGUAAAUGCUGCAACGUUGGCGUUGAUUGAUGCUGGUAUUCCUUUAAAGGAGUAUGUUUGUGCAUGCACAGCAAGUUUAGCAAAUAAUGAUGUACCCAUGUUGGAUAUUUCUCAUCAAGAGGAAAUUAUUGGGGGUCCCACAUUAACUGUUGCCGCUUUACCAAUGUCUGGAAAAAUAGUACUCAUGGAAAUGUCACAGAGGUUUCAUGUUGAUCACCUUCAGAAAGUCUUAGAAAAGGCGUUACAAGGUUGCAGAGAUAUUAAACAUAUUCUGGAUGAGGCAGUUAAAAGUCACAUUCAGGACGUUGGUAGUUCUACAGGAUGGGCCAAUACCACUUAAGGAUAGGUAUAAAUAUAUUAAACGUCUUAAGAGAUUUACAUUAUAUGAAAAAGAAAUAUUUUAUACUCGGCGCUGGAGAAAUAUAUACAUUUUUACUGAACCCAGAACUAUAUAAAAAAUAAGUGGGGUAAAUAUAAGAGCACUUCCUUGACUCAGCAAAUGUAACUUUUAAAAUAUUUAGUUGGCUGUUGCGUCAGGGUGUCGCUCAAGGAUCAUACCAACACCCUGAAAGAAAAAUAUAUUUUCUCUGUUCACUCUAUAAA